AUCACUAACUUCUGCAUGUGUAAAACUCGACCCAACCCCAAGAAACGCCCCACGAGGCUGCUGAAGCAUCGAUCACGGAGUGCGCGCCCGCGUGUGCGUUCAUGAUGGCGGCCGCUGGAGCGGCGGAGGCGAGCGUCAGCAGCGGUAGCAGCGACUCCUCGAGCACCGCGGACGAGGAGCGCGUCCGGCGACUCUUCCAGACCUGUGACGGUGACGGGGACGGAUUCAUAAACCGGAAUGAUUUGUUGAUGGUGUGUCGUCAGUUGAACAUGGAGAAUUCUGUCCCUGAGAUUAUGGGUCAGCUCGGAGCAAAUGAACAGGGGAAGAUUUCUUUUGAGGACUUCACACGCUGUCGCAUGCGGUUGUUCAAUGAGAUCCGUAAGGAAGAAGGACAGCUAUCGCUUCUUUCCGUUGACACGGAGAAAAGGAAAUGUCAGGAACACAUCGCUUCGUGGCCAACCAGCAGCGAUAAUAGCUUAGGUGCUCGGGAGAGUUGGGAAUAUGAUUCUGGAGCAAGAGACUUAAUGACUCCAGACCUGCAGAUCUCACCUUUGCUUCAGAAACUAACAGAGCAACCCAAAGUACUGGAACCUUCGCUUGACCUAAACCAUCUCAUGUCACAGUCGCAGGCCAAUCACAGCGGUCCAUUGAGCGGUAGUUAUCUGGAGCUGGCCAAUACGCUUCAUGUUGCUGCUCUGGCGUCUCUGAAGGGUGAUGUGGUGGAACUGAACCAGCGACUGCUGCAGAGCGAAAGAGAGAGAGACACGCUGGAGAGGAGGCUCGCUGAAGCACAGUUUGAGCAGUCGCAUCUGCAGCAGGAGCACGAGGAUGUGCAGGAGAGGACGACUCUACGCUACGAGGAGCGAAUCACAGAGCUGCACAGCAUCAUCGCAGAACUAAACAAGAAGAUCGACCUGCUGCAGGGGACCACCAUCAGGGAAGAAGAUGAACUUUCUGAACUCCGCUCUGAGCUCAGUCACAGUCAACAAGAAGUUAAUGAGGAUGAGCGGAGCAUCGAUCAGGACCCGGACCAGGCGUCCAUCUCGCUGCCUGAAAACCAGUCCACGCUGGUAACAGUAGACAUGGAUAACUGCAGUGAUCUGAACUCGGAGCUGCAGCGAGUCCUCACGGGGUUAGAGAGCGUCUUGUGUGGACGCAAGAAGAGCACAUGCAGUCUGUCUGUGGCCGAGGUGGACCGACACAUCGAGCAACUCACCACAGCCAGUGAACACUGUGAUCUGGCCAUUAAGACGGCAGAGGAGAUCGAAGGAGCUCUGGGUCGGGAUUUCUAUCCCAGUCUCUGCGAGGAGCGUCUGCGCUGGGAGAAGGAACUCGCCGGACUUCGGGAGGAAAACGAAAGUUUGACAGCGAUGUUGUGCAGUAAAGAGGAAGAUCUGAACCGUACCAAAGCCACCAUGAACGCCAUCAGAGAGGAGCGAGACCGCCUGCGCAGAAGGGUCCGUGAGCUUCAGACGCGUCUCCAGAGCAUACAGCCUGGCGGUCCGUCAAGUCCUGGCCGUCUGACUCCAGCGGGUCGAGCUGUGAAUCCCAGCACAGGAGAGCUCAGUACCAGCAGCAGCAGCAAUGACAUCCCUGUCGCCAAGGUGGCAGAGCGAGUAAAGCUGUCUAAGACACGAUCAGAAUCAAUAUCAGUCGAAAGAUCCGUCCUGGGCUCUGAGAUCAGCAGCAUUGGGGUGUCCAGUAAUGUCGCUGAACAUUUAGCACAUUCUCUACAGGACUGCUCAAAUAUCCAAGAGAUCUUCCAGACGUUGUACUCACACGGUUCUGCCAUUUCUGAGAGCAAGAUCAGAGAGUUUGAGGUGGAGACGGAAAGACUCAACAGUCGUAUCGAGCAUCUGAAGUCUCAGAAUGAUCUCUUGACCAUAACGCUGGAGGAAUGCAAGAGUAAUGCAGAGAGGAUGAGUAUGCUGGUGGGCAAAUAUGAAUCUAACGCCACAGCGCUCCGUCUGGCCCUGCAGUACAGUGAACAGUGUAUUGAGGCCUAUGAGCUGCUAUUGUCUUUAGCAGAGAGUGAACAGGGACUGGUCCUGGGUCAGUUCAGGGCUUCUGGAGUCAGUGCUGUCGGAGAGCAGGUGGGUGAAGAGAGCAUCACACAGAUCCUGAAGAAAGCUCACGACAGAAGAAAGACUGCAGAAAUCGCCGCCAAAGACCUCCUGAUCAGACUGGACGGCAGCUGCGGCGCUGGGUUUGCAGUGGCAGGUUGUAGCGUGCAGCCGUGGGAGAGUCUGUCAUCUAACAGUCACACCAGCACCACCAGCUCUACGGCCAGCAGCUGUGACACAGAUUUCUCUAAAGAAGACGAGCAGAGGUUGAAGGAUUACAUCCAGCAGCUGAAGAACGAUCGCGCUGCUGUCAAACUGACCAUGCUGGAGCUGGAGAGCGUUCACAUCGACCCAUUGAGCUGUGAUGUGAAACCUCGCGGUGACACGCAGAGACUCGACCUGGAGAACGCUGUCCUCAUGCAAGAGCUCAUGGCCAUGAAGGAGGAGAUGGCCGAGUUGAAGGCUCAGUUGUAUCUGUUUGAGAAAGAGAAGAAAGCUCUGGAGCUCAAGUUGAGCACACGUGAAGCUCAGGAACAAGCGUAUCUGGUUCACAUCGAACAUCUAAAAUCCGAGGUGGAGGAACAUCAGGAACAGAGACGACGAUCGCUAAACUCCACCGGCAGCAAAGACAAGAGCAGGGACUCUGGUGAUUCUCCUGCGAUCAGUCUGUCUGAUGUGAGAAGUCUGAAUGACAGCGAUCUCGCGGCGGAGCUCAGCAGCGCCCUCAGGAGAGAGAAGAAGUUAAAGGCUCGUGUACAGGAGUUGGUCACUGCUUUAGAAAGACUCACAAAGAGCAGUGAAGUCCGACAUCAACAGUCUGCUGAGUUUGUCAAUGACCUAAAAAGAGCCAACAGUAAUCUGGUGGCGGCGUAUGAGAAAGCAAAGAAGAAACAUCAGAACAAACUGAAAAAGCUGGAGUCUCAGAUGAUCGCCAUGGUGGAGAGACACGAGACGCAGGUGCGGAUGCUGAAACAACGCAUCGCUCUUCUAGAAGAGGAGACGUCACGACCGCACACCAAUGAGACCUCGCUCUGAUAAACAGACAGUUAACUCCCAUCAUCGCCGUGCAUCGGACAGACAUCACCCAAAGUCAACUGACAGAGAUAUACAGCCAAUGAGAGGUCUCCAACAUGUCAGGAAUAACCAAUAGUAUGGCAGAGGUCCAAUGACAGACGACGUCUUUCAGGGCACACACACACACACACACACGCGCGGCUGGACGUCUCUUCACAGUCAUGUGACAGCUGUCAAUCAUGCUUUGGAAUAAGAAGUCCUGUACUGUUUUUAUUUAGAAAAGACUUUAGACUGGAAAAAAAUCAUAAUGAAAGAACUUUUUUGUAAUAUUUGUUACUAUAUGACUGCGUUCUUCUUCCAAACAUUUUGGACGCUACUUUGUGAAGUAAACAAUCACAACCUUCCUCACACACAUUCACAUUUACUCACCAUUAUUUAGAUCAAAUCUGUAUGACUUUCUCUCUUCUGUAGAACAUAAAUGAUAUUCAGACCGAAUCUGAAUCAUAAAAUAUGAUUAAAGUAUCAUAUACUGUAUGUAUCUUGUGUGAUAAAGUCUUUUGUUUACAUUGGUUUAAUGCCUUUGUGUAUGCAGAACAACCUGCUAAGCAAACACUUUUAAAUGUUUUACAGACUAAAGUAAGUCAUACAGUAUUAAAACUAUAUUUAGUAAAUGAAAGCAUUUUCAUUAAGUUUCAGUUUUUAAAACAUAAUGGCCAUUUUUAUCAGUCAUUAGUUUUUAAUGUAUCAACUCAUUAAAAGAUGAAAUGCUCACACACUGAAAAAAAUGAUUCAUUGAAUUUAAUAAAUUUUUUUAAGGUAAGUGGUUGCAAUCAAUUUAUUUAAGCUACAUUUAAACAAAAGUUUUAUAUUUUAUUUUACUUUACUAUUCUUUUUUGUUUAAAUGUAGCUUAAAUAAAUUGAUUGCAACCACUUACCUUAAAAAAAUGUAUUAAAUUCAAUGAACCAUUUUUUUCAGUGCAGAUGUGUGGAUUUUCAUGAUGCUUUAUAAUAUUUUACAGUCUAUCUAUGAAGCAGAAUUUCACAUGAUGUCAUCAAUCAUCAUUUUCAUCAUAUAAUGUCAUUUACAUAUUCGAUCUGAAGAGUUUUACAGCAGCUACGCACUUGCAGUAAACAAGACAUUUACAUGAUUUAGCACAGCAGUUCACAAACAUUCGUUGCAAAAAAUUGUUUAUUUUGAUAAGAAGCAGUUAUUUUGCAUAAUGAUUUGCAUUGUGGCAUUUUCAUGACAAUGGGUUUUAUAUAUGUUGAAAUGCAAAUCAUUUUGGUUUAAAAUAAUCGUCUUUAUUUUUUACUUAUAUGAUUUUGUGAUGAAGUCAGGGUGUUCCUCACAGAUUAUUAAAACAAGCAACUCGUGUGUGAAUAUAAGAAAAUAUUCCUCUAUAAAUUAUAAAGUGAUUUAUAAAGGUUUAAUCUGUGUUGUAUUGAUUGUUGAUGUUUUUACUGUUUUCAGUGGAAACGUCUGCAGUUUCGUGACUUGAGGGGGUUUUCUUUUUGACCAAAGCUAAAAUCCGCAAACAUAGGGCAACGUAGAUGCCGUAUGAAUAUAAAUGUACAAUUGAGGUGAAUCAUUUCUUACACUAAGAUUACAACUAGAUGAUGUAGCUUUUACAUUUGUUUGCAUGUGGAUACAGUCCAACCAGAGGAAUGUGAUAUCAUUAUGAUUUAAUUUAAUGCAAACUAAUGAAGCAGGUCUGAUUUUCUCAUACAAACACAUUUUAAGGACACUUUUUCACAGGAUCACCACAUUGCCUUCUUAUAGACUUUUUUUUUUCUGCAUUGAAACCUCAAUAGCUGCUGUACUUCUGUGGAUUAUAAAAUGCUGUUUUAUUCCAAAGGUUUUGAGUUGCGGUGCCAUUUAUGCAUAAGCAUUUUUCAUCAGUUUUAAAUACAUUUUUAAGUGCUGGACAUGUUUGAAAUCUUAAAGCAAUAGAAAUCUGCUCACUCAGUCGGACUGUUUUUAUACCAAUCUGCCCACAAGACUGUAAAUGUGAACAGGCAUUUAUUAUAGUGAUACAUUAUUCAUAAUGCAGUUUGACCUCUCUGUGAUAAACUGAUUUACAUGUCUGUUAUUGUAAGAAUUGAUAUUUAGGUAUGAGAGCAUUUUAAAUGAAUUCUUACAAGGAAGACUACAUGACAGCAGCGCUUUCUUUUAUGAAAAGUAUAUGCAUAUCCAUUUCAAAACAAUGGGCUAGAGAAACUACAGUGGGGUUUGUGAAUUUUACCUAAUUUGCACAGAUCUGUUUUUGAAUCAAAUCUUUGCAAACAUUUUUGUUUUAUUUUAAUACAGAAUGUAUUUGUUUAUAUAAUAAAAUAUUAAAUCGUG